CAAACCGAUUAUAUCAGUCAUAAACAUAAAACUUCAUUGAGAGAAGACGAAACGAAGUAAAAAAAAACAGUAAAAGUAAACAUCCAUACACACACGAAACAGAUAGUGCAAGCGAAAAAGGAAAUCAGUCUGAAUAAAAUAGAACUGAGGACAAUAUUUCAUUUGUUUUGAUAAUCUGUUGAUUGAUUACGAUCGCAUAGAAUCGACUGACAUGAGUGGAAUAAAUUAAUUGUAGAAACAAGUGCUGCUUGUUGCAUCGCAUCAAAAAUUAUCGACUUGUUUAUGCACACACAAAAAAAGAAAAAGGCAAGGAAAAACCCUUUCGUUUGAACACACACACACACAUACUGUGUGCAGUGACAUAUUUGCGAUAACUUUCACAAAGUGAUUGAAAGUGCAGAACGAAUAAGUUUUUGUUCUUUUUUAAAUAAAGAAAUUAAACUGUGUGUAAAUCAUGACAUAUUCGCCAAAUAAAAAUCUGUCACGAUUUCAUUCAGCCUGUCAUGGGGUGAACAUUGAACUGUUAGACGGGAAUACUGUUGCGCAUCGCAAAACCAGCUAUGCGAAUGGGCUCACAUUUUCCGAAAAACCAUUGCGAUUAGGUGAAAUAUUUUUGCUUGAAAUCAAGAAAAAUGAGCGAGGUUGGUCUGGCUAUAUGCGAUUAGGUUUGACACAAUUGAAUCCAAAUUUCGAUGCAUUUGGCAUCGAUGGAUUGCCACAAUAUGCGUGUCCGGAUCUUUCGAACAGAGGCACCAGUUGGGUAUUCCCAAUCACAAAAUCCAGCCCAUGCGGUUCGGCACAAAAGUAUACACGACGACUGCGAAAUAAUCGACAUUUAAAUGGCUCAUUUCAAUUGGAUGACGACAAAGAUGAAGACGAUGAUGACGAAGAUGAUUCUGAUUCAGACUACGAACUGAAAUCAACAGUUAAUAUACUAGGAAAUGAGGAUUUGUAUGUACGAACUACUAGAGGCGUUAUACCACGACGGACGCUCAAACCGAACGCACCAUACAGCUCAGAUAUGUUGCCCUCAGAUACCGGAUCACGCAUCGGAAUGGUCUACGUACAGAAUCCAUCGGAUGCAAACAAAGCUGAAAUGCAUUUCAUUGUAAAUGGUGAGGAUCAAGGGCCAUGCACAAAGGACAUACCGUACAAAGAAUCCGAACUAUAUGCUGUGAUCGAUGUCUAUGGAACUACGAAACAGGUUAAAAUCAUUCAACUUUAUGAAAUUGCAACAUUACAGAGUUUAUGCUGCAACAUGAUUCUAUCAUUGGUUGAUCGUAAUUCAGGCGAUGUGCAGAAUCUACCGUUGCCGGUCAAAUUGAAAAAUUACCUGCUAAAUUACUAAGAAUUUGCUUGGGACAACGCGGUUGUGAGAAAACUACAUAAGGAGCUUAAAAGCCUGGCGAAAGGAUAAUGAUGAAAUGAACAAAGCAAUUACGAAACGAAUAUAAAAACAAUUUGAUCAACAUAUUGAUAGAACCACGAAAAAAAAGUCAUGUGAAUAGCAUCAACACUUUGUACUCACUAUAUGUAUGUUUUUGAGGAAAUCGGACAGUUGAGUCAAUGUCAUUUUUACAUAGUGUUUUUCAGUACAAGCAGAUUAAAAAAAAACUAUUUUAAAAGCAUUUAAUAUAGUAGAUUGUCACACCUACAGCUAGUUACCGUACUAUAUGUAUCAGCUUAAGAGGAAAAAAAUCUGCUCUGAAAAUGGUUUUUAAUAUACUUUUGGAAUAUACUUGACGCCGAAUGCACUACUGUCCCCGGUACUGUUCCAGCCAAUUUACAUUCCAAAUCGAAUUAUUUAUGCGUUAUUGAUUUCCUCAUUAUCAUCAAUGGAAGAUAUGUUUCCAACAUUUCUGAAAUCAUGCGAAACAAAAAAGAUCAACCAAAAUGAUUUGUAUUUUUCCAGUUCAGCAUGUAUUUAUUUGUAAUAAAAAUAAUAUUGCGUCAAACAGUUAAA